CCAAUUCAUCUUCACUCCCCAUUAGCUCUUUGAAAUAUGUAUGCGUGUAGGGUUUUUGAGGCUUAGAUGAUGUCAAUACAAAAGACACAUUCAAUUAUCAUGAUUUUAAUUUAAAUUCAGUUAUUACAGUUUGUUCUGAAAUUUACCUUUAAAAAAGAAAAUAUUUUCAAAAAAGGAAGGCAGUAAAAACACCAAAACAGAGAUUAUUAUUACUUCAAUUUUUGCAUUUUCCAUCGUUAAAAGUACAGGCUUCCAAAUAUUAGGAAAGGUAAGAGAAGAGACAAAAGUUCAAGGUUUGUCUUAUUCUGGCUUCUUCCUUUUAACACCCCUCCAACCCCCCCUCUGUUUUUGUUCUUGGUGCGGGUGUUUGGAUUCUUCAAAAAGCCAUCCGUCACAGCAAUUCUCUCAGGCAUUUCCAGAUAUCCCCAAGAAUCUAAAGAGAGCUGUAGCUUUCUGAGGUUGUUCUAAAUCAAACAAAAGGCAAUCAUCAAUGGAGAACAGGUAUAAUUUGAUGAGACAGGGCAGUGGUGUAUGGAGAUCCCUAAGAGAUGGAGAUUUUGAAGAGGAAGAUGUUUGGGAUGUUCUAAGAGAAAGAAAAUCUGCAAGUUCUCAGUACGAAAAAUCCAUAGAAUCCUCAUUUUCUGUCACAAGAAACCUCCCUUCUGCUGCAAGAAUGAUCCCAAGAGCUACAAGCAGUGGCAGUAGCAGCAACAAUUCCUCUCAUGAAGCCAAAGUAGUGCAGCAAUCAGCACCAGUCAACAUUCCUGACUGGUCAAAAUUUUGCAAAAACAAGUCCAAGAAAAAUGCCAGUUCAUUCCAUCAAGAACAUCAUGAUGAUGAUGAUGAUGAUGAUGACCAUGAUCAUGAAUCAAAUGAUGAUAAUUAUCAUGGGGUUGUGAAUGAUGACAGUGAUGAUGAAUUUGAAAAUGAAGGUGGUGAUUACUAUUAUAAACUUCCCCCACAUGAGCUCAUUGCCAGAAGGCUUGCAAGGAGCCAGAUAUCUUCAUUUUCUGUUUUUGAAGGGAUUGGCAGGAAACUCAAAGGGAGGGACCUCAGUAAAGUUAGAAAUGCUGUUUUGAUCAAAACUGGGUUUCUUGAAUCACCAUGACCAUAAUCUCUAGCCAUGGUGAUCUAAACUCCUAGCUAGUAAUAUGUAUAUGGGUUUGUAUUGGUUCCUUGGUAAUUUGUCUUGGUUUUCUUCUAGGGUUUUAGUGGGCAUUGGUGUAUAAAGGAUGAUUUCUUGCAUUUUAAUGGCUAUUUUGAUAUGGGUUGUUCAUGA